GACCGCCGAGAGAGCCGCCAGGUGCCACGCAGUCUGAUCCCCCGCACACAAUAUGGCGGCUGUCGCCCGAUAAUCAUUAGUUUUCGCCGGUAAUUGUACUCUCUUUGGACUAAUCGGUUGCCGAUGACUCACACUCCGCGCGUGUUUCCUCGCGAUUCCGUAGGUGCUCUCGAUUCCCCCGACCGUCAACCUAUUUCCAGUUUUCGGUCUCUCGGUCGUAAAAUGUGACUUGUUAUUGUUUUACUGAUCUGCUGAGUUUAUUGUUGUUUUUGGUGUUAUUGCAGACUACCAUCUGUGCUGGCUGUUUCGUCUUCGCUCUCAAAGAUGUGGUUCUGCGGAGUUCUCCUGUUACUAGGGGCAUGUCAGGCCGCGGAUCCCGACCAUACCGGCCUGGUGGCCUCUCCUGCCCUGCUCCUGGGACCGGACAUGCCUCUCACCCUCCCUCUCAAGUUCUGGGCCAACUCCCGCAAGUCCGCCCUGAAGCCGCGCCGCCGCGACCUCCACGAGCCCACCCUUCUCACGCUCCUGGGGCAGGACUACGACCCUAAGUGGAUGCGAUCUGCGAGGCAUGCCACCAAAACGGACACGGAGGAAGAGCCUGAGCGGAAGACGGUGCGUGCUCUGAGGGCCCUCCUCAACAACUCGACGUCUGGGAGUACGGACCAACUGUUGCUUCCAGAGGGUCUUCCUCAAGAGUACCGCGAGAUGGUCAAGUCCUGGCUGGUCAGCAGGGCGACCUGCCCCAUCCGCUUCGUCUGGAACGACUUGGGAGCCUACUUCUGGCCGAGGUGGCUGCGCAGAGGCGAGUGCGCAGAGGAUGCCACCUGUUCUUGGCCCCCAGGCAUGCGUUGUGUGCCGGGAGUCGCGAGGAACUUGAAUGUCCUCAGGUGGCACUGCAGGCUGAGGAAGAACGCCCACGGAAGACGAAAGAAGAGUGAGAACAAUGUCUGGGCAACGGCGACCACGGAGCGACAGAAAUCUUCCCAGGAGGCCAACGCAAAGCGGAAGAAGAGGAAGAAGUACCGUUGCCUGUGGAUAAAGGUGCCGUACCCAGUGCCAGAAGACUGCAUGUGUUCUUGUUCUUGAACUGAAGAACACUUUCUUGCAGAUAGAACUCAUUGAUGAUUCUCAAAUCAGACAGUUCCAAGUGCUACGUGAAACUUAUGCCCUGGCGCGAAAAUUAAAUUAGAGCAUGAAUGAUUAUAGAUUUAAGCUUAAGCAACUAUAUGUUUGCUUUGAAAACCAUGCUACACAGCUUAUUCUAACACGUAGUGUUGUGAUGUGUAAUUGGAUAGGUAGUGAAUAUUUUGAAAUAAAUAAACCGAAUUUUUUUAAUUGUUAUUUUUGUUUAUAUUUAAGGGGAUAAAUUAUCUAAAAUAUGCAGUAAAAAAAUAAUCUCACACGAAUAAACUAAAAUUAUAACAUACUUAGCCUUUAAAAGUGUUAUCAUGCAGAAUAUUGUACCGUUACGAUAACAUAGUAUCUGUAAUACUCAUACUAUAAAACUCAAAGUUGCCGGAGAAUCCAUAACAAAAAACCAAUCAUCAUAGUCUUUCUAAGAAAUUUAGGCUUUACAAAGCAGUUUAUUGUAAAAAAAAUCCUCUGCACAGGUUAACUGGUGAAUUU